GUUUGUUUAACGGGGGGGAAAGAGGCAAAAAAGUGUACUUUGACGGUGAGUGGCUCAGCAGGCGCAGCCGAACAUCGUGACUGUAUGUUCUGCAGUCUUCGCCUCGUUGCUAUUGGUAUAACCAUCACAGACAUAAAAGUGUCCUUAUUAUAUAAGCUUCGAGCCUGACAUUCCCAGAUUCGAAAGAGCGUUGGCCACCUGGCUGUUGAAGUUAUAGCUCAUUGUCUAAGCUCAGUGCUUUGAUAACCUGAGGAUAAGACAAUGUUGCAACACCUCCCCAUAGAGAUUGUGGAACAGAUUGUCCCAUAUCUUGAUGUUCAAGACAUUGAUAACCUGCUUUCCAUUGAAUGCUUUAAGGGAAUGUUGCAAAGUAGGGUCCUUGUUGUUGAAUGCGGUGCUGGAAAACCUGAGCUACCGGUAUUCUUGAGGCCCCCAAAACUUCCUGAAAUAUUCCCAAAUCUUACGAAAAGGUGUACUUCAGAAGAGUUUACAGAUAAUAUUCCCAUGAUUGAAACCUAUAUUUGUCUCGUCAUCCUGAGUGACAGCUUUAACGGUGCUGAGAUGAUUGAGCACCAGGAUCGACACAUCUGUAAGAAGUACUACUUCGCCGGUGUGAAAAAAUGUACUAUACACCCUGAUACGUUCAAUUUCUUGAGGAAGAAAACUGCUUCAAUGGACACCAUUUGUUGUCCUUCAGUGGAUUGUGUCAGCUUUAGGGGUAACCUUGAUACCUCCCAGUUGCAGUUUCCCAAACUGACUCAUUUGGAGCUUAGAGAUCUUUCCUUCAUACCAUCAAGGCUUGAUUUCCCACUCUUGACAAAUCUGACACUCUUUAGAUGUGAGAGUUCCGAUGUUUCUUCAAGAUGGAAACUGCCAAAUCUUCGAACACUCUUUGUGAGAGGGAAAUUUCGCUCUAUUAACUCAUCCAUUGACUAUGAGACUACGACAAUGAAAUAUCUUGAUUUGGAUGAAAUUGAAGAUAUGAAUGAAUGGUCAAGAAUAUCCAAUAAGUCUUUGAGGAAUCUCGAUGUUCGUAACCUCAAAAAGAACUUCAUUUUGCAUCAUAUGAAACUUGAAUCAUUACAAAGUCUCGUCAUUCACUCUGAUUCUAUCACUAUCUCCAACCUUGAUCUCCCGAAUGCAGAAACUAUGGAAGUGAAACUUACAGGGAGUGAAAACUCUUUGAAUUUUAUCUUUUCAAUUAAUGCACCAAGAUUGGUAUUCUUGGAGCUCGGUGGGAAAACAGUUGGUCUUUUAAAAGGCAUCAAUAUUCCUUCUUUAAAAACUGUUCACUUCGAAGAAACAGGGGAUCCUCUCACUGAAGCAUCGAACACUUUUCUUAAGGGAGUGAAAAGGGUAAGAGCUGAGUACACUAGUUGGUGGAAAUUCUGUCCCCAUAUUGAGAAACUUGAAUUCUGUGGUUCUGAAUCACAGUGUCGAGAGUUAGAACUGUUCCAUUUCUCUGAACUGAAAAGCUUUACCCUUUUACCAUCAAACCCGCAAGGUGACGGAGGAUGGAAACAGUUGAUUUGUCCUGAUGCCCCCGGUCUUGAGGCUUUUGAGAUUAGGAACUCCUCGGUACACCAUGUUAUCGAUAAUCUGGGACGUUAUGAUAAUUUGAAGACCAUCUCUAUCUUUCAAGACUGGGAAGCAAAUACAUAUCCUCCGGACUUUCAUUUCAAAUCUUUAAAAUUCUCAAAUUUGGUGAAACUGAAGAUAAAGCUUUGCUCAACAGACGUUGUCAUUAUCACUGAUUGCUAUUUUCCAAAGUUGACAAAGGUUGAAAUUGAAAGGGAGCACUAUCACGUGGAUCGUAUUCCACGUGAUAGAGAUCUUUCUCUCGUGGAGAUGGAAGCACCAAAACUUAGAUCGCUAUACAUCAGUGGUAUAUCUUUGGUUGACGAUUUUGUUGUUAGUCAAUAUCCUAAUCUGAGAUCAUUGACAAUUAUCAAGUGUUCCCAAUUGAAAACACUGACUGUUGAAGAAUGUCCGCUCCUUGAGACGUUUGAAUUGUACUCAUCACACAAAGUUAGCCUCAAUCAUGACGGAUGUUUGAACAGUUUAUGGGGAGAUUCGUCAAACAGCUCUUCCCGUUUCGGUAAGAAAAUGAAAUCAAUACUUCAGAAACUCAAGAACCCAUUGAAGCCCAAAGAUUAGUGGUUUCAUUACAGCACUUCCACUCUGUUUAUUUGAUAAGUUAACAGGGAUGUGCAAAAAGGGAUUCUCUCAUAUGAUUGAUAUCUGUGAAGGUAUUGCACUUAAGCAACAACAAAAGAUCACAGUAAUAAGAGAACUAAUCUAUUUAAUAAUAAUGUUAUUGUUGUUGUAACAUACAUUAGAAGCUUGUCUGGCUUCCAUAGAUAUGAACUACCUGGAGCUAUAGCACAGCAUAAGAAGAAAGUAUUAUGCAGAUUAGGUUUGUCGAAGAAUGAACAUCAUUAAUAGAUUAAAAAUUAUCAACAUUGAAGGAAUGUGACUUCAAGCUACAGAGAUACAUUGAUCGUUUUCCUUUAGCAGACAAUUCUCUGUUAGUUGGUAGAGCAUGGUGGUAGGCUUUUCAACUUGGGGUUAUAUUUAUGAGAAUGUGG